UUAACUUAAGAUUUGCAAAUAGUGGGCUUGUUAAUACUUGGGGCUUUGAAGGUUGCAAUUAAAUUUAUCACCGAAAUAUAUACAGGAAAGCCAUUGAUCAAUUUGCCCACCCACUACAAUUACAAUAUUAAUUCUUAUUUUCUUACAGCGUCAAUUAAAAUAUAAAGUAGCUACAAGUUUCGAUAGUAGAAAGUACUAUCACAGCAUGAAAAAAUCACCCAAGGUCCUCUCUCUACAAAUGGAACAGGAAUUAGGGGCCAAACCAAUUCUAAUCGAUUCCUGUCGAUCAAAUUUGGAGAACAAGAUAAAUGAUAACGAUCAGGGAGACGAUAUGGAUGAUGAUGAUGAGGAGUUGUCGGCAACUCCUGACAACCAAACGCUUUUGAGGUUACUCGAAGAAAAGGAGAAGAUAUCGCAUAUUUUUCGAUGUGUAAGAAUACAAGGAUUGGACACAUUCGAUGGUUUGCUUCUAUUCGGUAGAGAACACUGCUACAUUAUUGAUGGGUUUACUUUAAUGAAAAAUCGUGAAAUCCGUGACAUCGAUUCGGUACCAUCCGGAAGCUACGAGCCCAUUCUACCAAAUUCAGGCAACGGAAGAAUCUCCCAUGAACUAAGACAGAAUUCAAAAUUUGCUUAUGAGGAAAUAAGAGAAGUACAUAAAAGAAGAUAUCUCCUUCAACCAAUUGCAUUAGAGGUGUUCUCCGGUGAUGGCCGAAAUUUUUUGCUGAGCUUCCCAAGAAAAGUUAGGAAUAAAGUUUAUCAAAGACUUAUGUCUGUCGCCACCUCUAUUUCCGACAAUGCACAACAAUCGGUGGCAGGUCAAAGCCGAUCGGCUAAUGUGGAACAGUCUUCUGGAAUUUUCAGUAGCUUAAUAGGAGAAACGUCCGUUACUCAACGGUGGGUGCGUGGUGAAAUAUCAAAUUUUCAGUAUUUGAUGCAUUUGAAUACCCUGGCAGGUCGUUCCUAUAACGACUUGAUGCAAUACCCUGUGUUUCCAUGGAUUCUUGCUGAUUAUGACUCAGAAAGGCUGGAUAUGACCAAUCCCAAGUCAUUUCGCGAUUUCUCUAAGCCCAUGGGUGCCCAAUCUAAGAGUCGUUUGGAACAGUUUGAGAAAAGAUUUAAAGAGUGGGAUGAUCCACAUGGAGAGACUCCACCCUAUUUUUACGGAACGCAUUACAGCUCGGCAAUGAUUGUAUGUUCAUAUUUGGUGCGCCUGGAACCAUUCACACAACACUUUUUGCGCCUACAAGGAGGACACUUUGAUCUAGCCGAUCGGAUGUUUCACAGCAUUAAAGAGGCAUGGCAUUCCGCUUCCCAACACAACAUGGCUGAUGUCAAGGAGCUUAUACCCGAGUUCUUUUAUCUGCCAGAGUUUUUGAUCAACGAUAAUAACUUUGAUUUUGGAGUUAAGCAGAAUGGAGACAUUUUGAACCACAUCGUGCUACCCCCUUGGGCCAAAAAUGAUCCUAGGGAAUUCAUAAGAAUCCAUCGUGAUGCUUUGGAAAGUGAUUACGUUAGCCGAAAUUUAAAUCUGUGGAUUGAUUUAAUAUUCGGCUAUAAGCAGCGUGGUCAAGCGGCGGUAGAAGCUAUCAACGUAUUCCACCAUCUUUUUUACGAAGGAAAUGUCGAUAUAUAUAACAUUGAGGAUCCAUUAAAAAAGAACGCAACCAUAGGAUUUAUAAACAAUUUCGGACAAAUUCCAAAGCAGCUGUUUCGGAAAGCUCACCCAGCAAAAAGAACACAAACCUCCAAAAAUAACUUGAUAGAUUCUAGUUUGGUACUACUACCAGCAAAUAGCACAGCUAAAUUGUUUUUCCACAAUCUGGAAAACUUGAAACCAAGUUCCCAGUCUAUUAAAGAAGUGAAAGGUCCAGUGGGACAUAUAAUACAAGUGGAAAAAAUGGUUUUGGCUGUUGAACAAAACAAAAUUCUGAUGCCUCCCAAUUUCAACCGUUACAUUGCAUGGGGCUAUGCUGAUCAUUCCAUUCGCGUUGGCAUUUAUGAUUCAGAUCGAGCUCUAUUUGUAUGUGAGAACGUAGCACCAGAUUCAGGCGAAAUUCUUGCUUGUGUUUGUCCAAACUCUAAAACAAUAAUUAUGGCAGGCACUAACUCUAUUUUAACGGUCUGUGAUAUAGAUUUUAAGCAAAAACAAUUGCACGUGAAACAUACUUUACAUGGACAUUUUGACGCCGUAACAUCGCUAGCGGCAAGCUCAGCGUACAAUAUAAUUGUCUCAGGAUCAAAAGAUAAGUCAGCAAUCAUCUGGGACAUGUCAAGGUACAAAUACGUACGCCAAUUGUUGAACCACGUCGGAGUGGUAGCCGCUGUUAACAUCAAUGAAUUGACUGGCGAUAUCGCAACAUGUUCUGCAACAUGGCUUUACGUGUGGUCAAUAAACGGAGACUGUCUCGCAAAGGUUAACACAAGCAUUGGAUGUGCAGAUCGGAUGCAACAGAUAUUGUGUGUUACAUUUUCACACAAAAACGAGUGGGAUAAUGACAAUGUUAUCAUAACUGGAUCAACCGAUGGCGUCGUUAGGAUGUGGUCUUUAGAUCAUGUACAAAUACCUACGGAACGUCAAAGCUGUAGUGACAGUCAUCUUUAUGAAAACGAAUCUGACGAAAUUCGAGACACGGAUGGAGAAAGUUCAUCAUUUGUAGAUUACGGAGCUGUCGUUAGGUCAUCCUCCACAAGCAACAUAUAUGAACAAUACACAUUACAUGACAGUAAUCAACUUUCUGUAAACAACCUAGAAGAUUCGCACAACACACCUAUAAUAUCAACCUGCAAGAUUGGCUCGAAUGUUAAGGCCGUAUCAAUUGAUCGUCACCUAGAUAAGUACGACUCGAUGAUUCGCGAACCAGGUAAAGAGGAUUUACAUAAGUCAAAGAAAUCAUUCCGUUGGCAUCGUCAAUUGAUAUUCCGUACCAAAUUAAGUAUGCACACUGCAUAUGAUCUAAAGGGUAAUGUGGAACCUGCAAGCAUUACCUCUUUGGCAAUAUCCAAAGAUCACCGGACGGUUUUUGUCGGCGAUGCGCGUGGUAGAAUCUUUUCUUGGAGUGUAGCGGAUCAACCAGGUAAAGUAUUAUCGGACAGUUGGAUGAAACCAGGAGUCCGCGAUCGAUGUAAUGGAUGUCAUGUUCGGUUCAGUAGAUACGAAUCUAAGAACGUAUGCCGUAACUGUAGAAAAGAGUUCUGUGGAAAGUGUUGUCACUUGGAUUCAACCAUAUUCCAAUUAAGGAUUCGUACAUCUGUUGGCACCUGUAAAGUUUGCCAUAGCCGUCUACAAGAAACCAAUGAUAUAUAGGUAGAGAAACAGUUCAGUAUUCAAUGCAUUAUUACUGGAGUAGAGUGAGUUGUUGUGAUUUGCCCAUGAUUUCUUCAGUGGCGUAGCAAAGGAUGGGGGUUGGUUCACACUUAAAACCUCCCAGAUGUUUUUUUUUCUCGUAACAUCAUGUUUCUUUAUCAUUUAAAAAAUUUAGUGGAAAAAUAAUCUAAGCGAAAGUUUCUAGUUAAGCUAAAUUAUUAUCCAUAAGUAGUUAUAUGUGAUCAUCAGUGUAGCGCAAAAAAAUGUUGACUAGUAUAAGAGAUUCCACUCUCGGUUAAUAAACAGGGUUUCUUCCAUUCAUUUAGCAAAAAACAAUUUUUUAUGGGAUUAUGGAAUGAUAAGAUGUUAUGAUGAUAUUUUGUAUUUGUAGGCAACAAAAAAGGUAGUAAAGUUUGUGUUUAAUACAUAAAACCUGCCAAUUUCGCUUUAUGAGAGUCACAAUAAGCGAUUUAAUCAUUUCCUCUCACCCAUUCUUCAUUAUUCGCGAACAGCGAUUUGAAAAUUGCUGAUUGUGAUCUUUCAAAGCAACAUUGGCAGGUUUUAUGUGUACAACGCAUUUCUUACAAGAUCUUCUUUUUUUCUUCUAUUUGUUUUCUGUCGAUCUUGUUUUCCGUGCUGAGCACCAAUGCUACCGACGCCAGGGAGGCAGCUCCUACACCUGGACCCUACCUAUCGACUCAUCAACUCAUGAACCGGCGACCAUUAUCACGCUUACCACUACACCACCGGCGCCGCUUACAACCUCUUCUGGUAACUUACAAAUAUAAAAUAUAAUUAUAACAUGUUAUGCACUUCCCCUAGUAGCACCAGUAUUGGCCAUUGGUUCCUAUUUUGGCCACACUUCAGAAAACCGAUUAAAUUACAAUAUGUGUGUAUUUUGUGGUGUUUAUGUACACCGAUGAAUAUGAUUUGUACCAACAAACUGAACAUCUCAAAAUUGUGACCAAAAUAGAAACAUGGCCAAUACUGGUGCUAUAAAACAUUUUUUAUGCAAAAUAAAUGGAAGCAAGCCUGUAAUAAUAAGCAUGUUCAUCGAAUAGCUUGGCAACUGUAGAGCUCGUCAGCAACUGUUGAGCUGCUCAUGUGUUAAGUAGCCACUCGCCGAGCAUGUUGUGACAUGAGAGGUCCAUUAGAGGACAAAAUCGCAGAACAAUAAAUAAAUGU